GUUGGCCUUCUUCUGCAAGUUUGUUUUCACUUUACUUAAGUAUCUCCGUAACAGCUCCCUCUUCUUUGUAUACACCACAUUCUCUUCUUCUUUCCUUAUAAGGGUAUUUGGUUCCAUUUCCCAAAAGUUUUCUUCAGUUCUGAAGUUAGUAAUAGACUGUUUAUGGUGCUUCUGGUGCAGCAGCCCAGACCCAAGAUGGCUAUGCUUGUGACUUUGGAAGAAGGAUUGAAGAAAAUAGACGAUGCGAUUCUGAGGAAGAAAAUGAUCGCUGAUGGUCGCUCUGUUUUGCCGUUUACAAGCGCACAAAACAUGGAAAUAUAUGACUGCGUUUUCAAUCUGUGUGCACGGAACCCAAAGGUUUAUUCAGAGAAGAUUUAUGAGAAAUAUAUGUACCAUUUAGAAGAGUGGAUUAUGGAAAAGGUAAUACCGAGAUUGCUGGGCAAACAUGGCGUUGCUCUGUUAGAAGAAGUUACAAAAUCAUGGUCAGAGUUCAAGGCAUUUGCAGACUCUUCUUAUAAGUUCUUUGAAUACUUGGAUCGUUACUACGUUCCUAGAAAAAGACUUCCACCAAUGGUUGAUGCCCCAAGACGCUACUUCUGCAACCUGGUCUGCGAUAAGCUAUAUGGCCAAAUUCAGGAAGCCACAUUGAGUCUGAUUACUCAAGAGCGUGAAGGAAAGGUUAUUGAUCGGAACCUGCUGAAGGAUGUCUUUGGUUUUAUGGGAUCAGAAGGAAAAGGAACUACAAAUUAUUAUGAAAAGUUUGAGCAGAUAAUGCUUGCAGAAGCUGCCGCUUACUACUCUGAGCUGUCCAUGGAAUGGUGGUUUUGGCGGGACUCAUUUACUAAUUACCUGCGAAAGGUUGAUUGGUGCUUGAUUCAGGAGGAAGCCAGAGCAGAAGUUUAUCCUCGCAAGAAAACAAAAGCAAAAUUACUGAAUGUCAUGAAAUAUAUACUGCUGGAACGAAAUGCCAAUAGAUGGGCUCAGAAGCGAAAGGCCGAAGAGAUUACUGCUGAUGAUCAGCAACUUUUAUCAAAAUAUGCCAGCUUAAGCCUUCUUGAUGAGGGUGACCUUGCUUCUGUGGGAGUGGAACCAGAUCAGUGAAGAGGGAUUUCACUAGAAGCGACUAUUUUCCUUCAGGCUCAAUGUGAAAUGAUGCUGUAGUAGGUUUUAUUAGUUACUAGUAUUUUGUCAGGACUCAGGAAAAUUUGGUUUUUAAUGGACUUAAUUUUUGCCAUCUGGGUAGAAAAUAAAUUCUGGUUUUUGAUAUGGUACUGUAUGCAUGAAGGAUGAACUCUUUAAGUCUUAAUAUGAAUUUUGCUCAGAUAUUUAUCGAA